ACAGGCGUGGGGUACACCGGGGAGCGGACACGGCAGACCGGCAGCAGCGCAGAGUGGCAGCGGUGGUACUCACCGGUUGUUACUUGUUUAGGAGAAACCGUAUUGAGACCUCUUAGGACCGAGGGGUCCUGCUCAUUUUGUCAGCCGUGAGAAGGGAACUCCUUCACGGCCAAAUUUGGGAGUACCUUAACCGGUGGUGGGGAGGAGGGGAGAAAGAUGCAGUUCGAGUCCGACUCCGUGCGCCGCGGAGUCCGCCUCCGACGCUGGUGAUGCCCGCCGCGCGGGGAUCACCGCCCAGCAGCAGCACCAGCAGCAGGAGCAGCAGGAGCAGCAGGAGGAGAAGGUCGGGACAACAGGGCGUCUGGGGCCGAUGAUGAUGAUGGUAAGGUCGGGAUCAUGGCUAACGGAACCGGCACUAUCAUGUUAAAAUGCGUCGUGGUCGGAGACGGUGCAGUGGGAAAAACGUGUCUUCUGAUGAGCUAUGCCAAUGACGCCUUUCCAGAGGAGUAUGUACCCACAGUCUUUGAUCAUUAUGCAGUGAGUGUCAACGUCGGUGGAAAACAGUACUUGCUGGGACUGUAUGACACAGCUGGUCAGGAGGACUAUGACCGCCUGAGGCCGUUGUCCUACCCGAUGACCGAUGUCUUCCUCAUCUGCUUCUCUGUAGUCAACCCUGCCAGUUUCCAGAAUGUGCGAGAGGAAUGGGUGCCCGAGCUGCAGGAGUAUGCACCCAGUGUCCCCUACCUGCUCAUUGGCACCCAGAUUGACCUUCGUGAUGACCCCAAGACCAUUGCCAAACUGAAUGACAUGAAGGAGAAGCCUAUAGCCACUGAGCAAGGACAGAAACUGGCGAAGGAGAUCGGUGCAUGUUGCUAUGUGGAAUGUUCAGCGUUGACCCAGAAGGGCCUGAAGACAGUGUUCGACGAGGCCAUCAUUGCCAUCCUGGCACCCAAGAGAAAGAAGGGAGCUCUAAAGAGAAGACUGGGACCUCGCUGCAUCAACUGCUGUCUGAUCACGUGAUACAUAAACCCCAGAGAUCAUUCAGCAACCAACCGUAUACCAAACCUGGACUGAAGGCAAAAGACAGACAAAAGUAAAAUGCACAGACAGCAGAGUGAGACAAAAGAGAGGAGUGAAAAGGACAAAACAAGAGCUAGUUUUAAGCUGCAGUGCUCUUGAAAGGCCAUAACUUUCUCUCCUGUCCCUGUCCCUGUGCCGUCCAUCACUGGGGUUGAGGAUGCAGUUUACUACCAAAGGAGCACAAAACCCAAGUCAGUCUCUUCUUCUUAAAGACUUUUUGCCUCAAAAUUACCUUCUUUUAUAACCAUUUUUAAUCAUUUUUCCUGUACAAAAUUGUUGUAUGCUGUCAUACAAAAAAAAGAAAAACACAAAAUGACAUUUCAGAUUUAAAGACAUGCUACAUUUAAGGAGUUCAUAUGAUUUCUAUGGUUUUGAAAGUUAAAUAUUGAUUUGUGAAUUUGACAAGAUAAGAUCAGAUGUCUAAAUCAAGAGCGAAAGAAAACAUGCAGUUGAUAAAUAAUUAGAGACUGAUUUAAGUGACACUGUGACGGUGCCCAGGAUAUCUUUCUGGACAUAUGGGCCCAGUUUUUUUUUCAAUUUAUAACUCUAUUAGCCCACAAAGUCUGUCUCCAAUUAUUUGUCAAGACCUGCAGAUUAAACCAUAUAAGAGGCUUUGCUUUGUGUAGGGGAUAACACAAAUCAACAACAGUGAAAUGUUGUUAAUACGACAGAUUUUGGACCUAGAACUGUAUUAUUUUAAAGUUUGAGAGUCUUGUGUUUUUGCCUUAUGAAAACCCCAUUGUUUUAUAGUAUGGCAUGCCAAAACAUACUGUAAGUUAAGACUGGGGCUGAGGUCUUUAUCAGAAACUGUAGAGGUUUAUUAUCCAUUUUUAAAAUAUAUAUUAUCCGGAGUUUAUGAAUCUGUAUCUCUAAAAUAGAGAUCAUCCAUGCUGUGCAAAUAUUAUUUUGUCAACCGAUAGCUUAACUUUUUUUGUUUUAUCUUUUGUUAUCUUGCAAUAAUGUGUUAUCCUUUUAUCACCUUUAAGAAAGUUCAGAGGAGAGAAGAAGAAGAAGAGAGAUCUCAUUUUAGAAAUGAAACUCUGAUUCAUAUCCAACGUCCAAAGAAUCAAAUGCACACUUUCAUCAACAUCAGGUGGCUACAGUGACCAGAUACUGUAUAAUGCACAACAUGAAGCACAGUCUGCGCCACUUAAUUUCCCAGCAAAAUAAAGCACAUUCCUCUGCUUCUACACACUGUCCCUCAUGUAGAAAUGGCUGAUUGAAGCACAGAAGAUGCACAGUGGUCUAUCAGGCACAAGUAUGAGCAUAGCACACCACCCUACCAUGAACAGUCAUAGUUCAUCACAUCUCCAAAAAUCUGUUAAAAGGCACUGGGUGAAAACCUUGUGCCUCCCAAAUGUCAACUUUUCAGGAAACGUGAGAAACACUGAUCCAAACAGUUUUGAGAGCCAACAAGAAGGACUUGCAGUCAGUUGCACCAGCCAUUUGUAAAUUUAAAUUUAACCUAUUUAUAAUGUAAGUCUAUAAGUGGAGAUUUACACUACUAAAUUCAAAUAGGCAGAACCACAAAGUUGUCACUAAAUAUUAACACCCAGUAGUUGCCAGGUGUAGCUGUUGCGUAGCAUUAGCUAACUGAACCAACUGACAAAGCUAAUCUCACGUUACUGUUCACUCUUAUAUGGUUGACAUUUGACCUGACACUUGAUUCAAAUGCUGUUUAAUAAUGAUAUCAACUGGGAAGACUUCAAAUUAAACUGCACAAAAACAACACAAUCUACCAGAAAAUAUUACGCCAAUAAUGUUAGCCAAAGCGAAUAUUAGCAACUAAAUGACAAAAAUAACGCAAGUUCAAUAUCAUAAUCAGAUACAUCCCACUCACUCUAAAUAGAAUACUAUUAAGUCUGACAUGUUUUUUCAUACCUACUGUACAUUUACAAAAAUGAAUCUAAAUGAGUCCUAAAACCUGGAUGUGAUUUUUAGCAUUUUAGCACUUCUGGUUCCCUCGUCCCAAAGUCUAUGGGUUUUUUCGAAGGGGUUUGGUUAGAUUAUUAAUUAUAAUUAAUUAAGGUCUGUGGUUAACACAAGCUCAAGACAUUUUCACGUUUAAUUCUAUGACAUAAAAUAUAUCAGUAAGUCGUGAUUUCUCUUAAGCUUUUACGUGUUUUGAAAAAGGCUGGUUGCUAACAAUUGUCUGAGACUACAGAGUUUGUAGGGGAUGUUAAACGUCAUCACGCCAAACACAAAAACCGAUCUAUUCACCAGUCCACCUUUACAGCCUUGUGUUUAUACUUGCACUUUUGCAAACUAUGACUAACUUUGCAAGAGGAAAAGGCUUUUUUAGUUUCUUUUGUGUAGUUCGUUUAUAGUUUAGCAUUAGCUUUUUACUUCUGGCAAUUGUAUUUAGGCUUCAAAAAUCAUAAAAGUGUUCAAAAGUGUUCAAUUGAGAAGAUUAUCGUGCUGAACAAAACGUGUAAGUAUCCUAAACUUUUGUUCAUCUUCGAGCUUAUUUUCUGCAGUAAUCCAAAAGCCUGUGUAAAAAUCCCAUUUGCGUUUUGUCGAGUGAACCAGGGUGAUGCUAACUUCCAGACAAAAAUACACCACCCCUGCAGCACUCUAUAUCACUUGGCCCCCUAAAACCUUAGUCUUUAGCUGCUUUGUUACAGCUCAAGAUGCUACAGUGACUUUCUACAGAUAUAGCCAUGCAACAAUCAAAAUCAUUUUGAUUCAAACUUGAAAUUAUGAUGUGAUAUCCCCACAUGACAGCCAUAAGGGAUUUAUAUAAUGUAUGGAAAUAACAUUAGUUUGACCAGCACCCAUGUACCAACAUUGUAGAGACAGGUUACCCAAUAAGAAUUCAUUGAUCUGUGUAAUAAAGUCACAUUCUGCAACUUUUUGAACAGAAAUGAAGAUAAUAUGUGAAGUUUACUAGGAUUUAUAGAAUAGUUUAAAUAUCUGUGAACCCCUAAAACAGUUUUAUGCAACCAAGUUUUCAGACCUACAUGUCUGUCAUACUGUAGGUAAUAACCUAAGGUUGGGAUGGAACUUUUCUUGCAAGCCAAACAUCUAAACUAUAAGCUCUUCUUGUUUUUAUGCAUUUGUUAUUGGCUUUUUCUAACUUCUUUUUUUUUAAAGAUAUUAAUCAAAGGUGCCAACUCUUGCUAAAUGACUUCUGUUAGUUUUCUGUUCUGAUGAAUGAUUAAAAGCUUUAAUGUAAAUGGUG